GUGACGUCACAAGACAACAUGGCGUCCACCUUUCACUUCAGCAAGGAAACACCCCCAGAUACGGUUUUCAGCGAUAUACAGAUGGUGAACAAAUUCCAAAAUGAGCAAUUCCGUCAACUUGUUGCAUAUUCUUUGGAGUUUCUUGCUGAUCCAGGAAAGUCGCAAAAACUGAUGGAACAGCUGGGUGAAUUUGCUGAGAGUAAUGGAGUGGGAGCCUCGACACUGAAGAAUGUAUUUAAAAGUCUGCUCCUAGUUCCCAAUAGUGCACUGAAGAAGAGUCUGAGUCCUGUCCAGCUACAGGAGGAUCUAGUCAAUCUAGGUUUGUCUAAAGACAAGGCUAACUACUUUUCUGAACAGUGGAAAGCUAAUCUGGCUGCACUGUCCCGCAGUGCCCUCGGUCAAACCCUGAUGGUCAACCAACUACUGGACAUGGAGUGGAAGUUUGGAGUGACAGCUGGAAGCAGUGAGGCAGACAAAGUUGGGAACACAUUCUUACAGUUGAAGCUGGUGAUAAAUACAGGCAAUGGGACUAAGAACACAUAUAUGGAGCUGACGUUACCACAGUUUUACUCAUUCCUCCAUGAGAUGGAGAAGGCGAAGGCCAGCCUCGAGUACUUAAGUUGAUGGGUGUGUUGGAGGGUUGAUUGUUGACUGAUCGUGCUGUAGGGAGAAAGACAACCAUCUAAAGUCUAUGUGUUCUGAGGAACAGUUUUAAGCCAAAUAUAGAACAUGUACCAUGUUAGAAUCUUAGUUGAAUAAGAUUCACUGUUUGUGCACCUUACAUCAUGAACAUUUGGCAAGAAAAUUUUGAAGAGUAACAGAUAACUUCACAAGUGUAUAUGUACUUCAGUCUAACCUGUUUUACAGAUAUACAGUAUAAUCCAUAAAGAAAGCUGUGAUCAGAAUGUUGCAUCAUACUAUCAUCCACGCAGGUGCUUAAUACGUGUCAAUGAAAUGUCAUUUAAAAUAUUUCAGCGAUUUUAUUGUAGAUGUUAUGAAAGAUGCGAGAAUGUUGAUUAUUCUUGUAAAAGCGAAUGAAAGCAAUAUAGCAGUAUUCAUUGUACGAUACUAUACAAACACUUUGUAUAUUGUAAUUCAGGAAUUUGUUAAUAAAUUGAAGACUUAUUUAUUCCA